AUGCACUGGAGAGUGCAGAGGGAGCUCCCUCGGCCUCGCCCAAAAAUCGAAGCUGGCGAGGUCGAGGGUCCUGCCUCCACGCCAGGCCCCUCGCCCCUGCACCUUCAACCUCUCACCGACGCGCCACCACCGCUCAAUAACAACGAGCAACCAGCGACGAUGGAUUCUUUUCGCAUCAAGCACGUCGUCAACGAGGUUACUGCCAACCUCGAGCAGCACCGGGCCCUGGCCAAUUUCGACCACCAUGCCCGCAAGACCCGUCGGGAGGUGGCGAUCCUCCUUCUCGAGGGCCAGGCGGGCUACGACCGCCUCAGCAUCGCGGUCCCCAACUACCAAGACCUGCGUACCAACGCCCAGCGCGCCGAGUGCGCGGUUUUCCACGCCGCGAACCGGUGGAAUGCCGAUAGGGCACUCUCGGGGGAGGUCGGGUUCGACAUGAGCCCACAGGAGCUCGCGCAGUUCGUUUUCGACAUAAUGACCGACUACGAGGUCUACUUCAGCGCCCACAGGGGCAGAGUGGCGGCAUACGCCAGCCACUACCGAGACGUUGACGCCAUCCUUGACGCCAACCCGGAUGUCGAGGCUCUAGGAGAGCCAUGGGAGAUGACACCGCUCCCACUGGCGAACGGACGGGUUGUCUGCACCCGGUGCGGCCUCUCGAUGGCCAACAUGGACGUCAUGAAAAGCCACCACCAGGCCAUCCACCGCCACAACGGCGGCGCGGCGUGCUACGAGUGCACCUGGACCAGAGGGAACCGACCCAGCGACGUGCAUGACCACCUCCGCUCGGUCCACGACAUCUACCGCGCCGGCCACCCGGAGGCCUUCUCAACCAGCGUCGCCCACAUCAGCCGCAAGACGGUGCCGCUGCUCCGGAGGCUGCUGGCCGAGGACCGGGCCACCCUCGCGGCGCUCGGGGGCCUGCCGCCUCCCACGGCCGGGAUCCCGGACGGCUGGAACGGUGACAGGCUGGCUCUCGAGAUUCGACAUCAGAGGGUCCAGAUCAAGCAGCAGCCGGGAUGGCAGGCGGUGGUUGAACGACAGCGGGCCGACCGCAUCGCGCAGUAG